CAAUGAAUGACACGCUCAUUUAAAUAGUCUGUUUACGUUGGAAGGACGAUACGGUACGUUUUUUCAGUUUCAAGGUUGAGCUAUGGUGAAGACGAAACAUUUAGUGAUCGGGGCUGCCACAUUGUCUGUGACCAUUCUAACCUUGUACAAGAUAGUGGAACCUCACGAGCACAUCAUGAAGUUUUAUCGAUCUAACCAAACUAGUAACAGUGGCAGCGCGAGUUCAUCACGACUAUUGACGACAAUAAAACUUCAAGAUUCCCCUGCAAGAAAAAUGUUUGAGAAUGAACUCUCCAGAAUAAGCUCGAAUUUGAAAUCAGGGCGUAUUGCUGAUCAAAACCCCGAGCCCCCUGUGUUCUACUAUAAAAAUGUGCUCAGUCAACAGGAACCAGAAGUUGUGCAACCUAAUGUAGCUGCACAGCCGCAAACUUUUGUCAGUCUACAUAACCAAGUUGUUGCGGCAAACCUUGAUGUACCUAGUGAUAAUGAUCAGCAAAAAAAGCAAAAUAUUCAGAACAUCGAAUUACCAAGUGAUCCCGAUAGAGUGAAUACCCAAAAUGUGUACCAACAUUUCCAGUUACCAAAUAUUGUUCAAAAUCAAAAUAUGCGCGAUGUACAGGUACCAGCAGAUUCUGCAAGACAAAACAUCUCCAAUAGUAUGAAUAUAGCGAUGCCAAAUGCUCAGACCCUGCAGGGUUGGAGAGUUAUUCACGAAAAUGCCCAGAUAAAAGGAAACCAAGCGGCAUCAUAUGACUCUCAGAUUAUGAAUCAAUCCGUUGAUCAGCAUAAACAAAAAGCAAUGGAAGCAUCUAAUAAUAACACUGACGGUGUAUGGCAGCCUAUACAACAAAAAUCUCAAUUGUCUGAUCUCAUUCAAAGUGUUCAAAAAGACGGAAAGAUUUAUAAAACCUACUAAUUAUUGAAACACUGCAACAUAUUUUUAUCAGGGUUUUUUUUCCAAAGUUGACGUAUUUUAAUGAUAUUCAGUAUUUCAGUCCCCUACCGGCGGAGCCGAAGGGGACUCUGUUCGUCCAUCCAUCUGUCUGUCUUUUCGUCUGUCUUUUUGUCACAACUCACUCUUCCGAACUUUUCAUCAUACUUUGAUUUAGGAAACUAAAAUUUGGUAUGUGGUUUAUUAAUGUAUGUAUACAGAUCAAAUUUGAGUUUCGUCACAGUUGAGAGAUUUUUACGAGAUUUGUGGGACUUUAUGCCAAAUAUAGGUUUCCAGAUUUUUACCACAAUGCUUUAGCUUAGAAAUUUGUUAUUAUUUAAUGAUUAUAUACAUAUCAUGAUCACUUCUGUUACGGUUGAAUUAUUUUAACAAAAAUUGUAAGACUUAGUUUCAUGGUUGAAUUAACUUCUUCAAUUUUUUUCUCUCUCGAUUUUCCCCAAUGCUUUGAGGAAGCUGAAAUUUGGCAUGUGGUUGACUACUAUUUGUUUAUAAAUUAAGAUCAAGUUUCGUCAUAGGGACAGGUUUUUACUACAUUAUUUGUCAUUGUACCAAAUGCAAUUUCCUGACCUUUUUUCUACAAUGCUUAAACCAAGAAGUAUGACAUUUGAUAUAAGUAGACACAUAUUAAGUUUCAUUUAGUCACAGUAAAAUUAUUCCAACGAAAAUUGUAAAAGUUAAGUCUCGUGGUUGACUGAAUUAAUCCUUGUACUCCGUCUAGUUCUCUGAACAUCAUUUACUGUGUGAGAUCCAUGUAAUUUAGGGCAUGCCAAUUUGUAAUCAAGUCCGUCAGAUUCACCAUCGAAUACAAUAUUACUUCCGGGUUUUAAAACAUAAUAUCCGACAACUCGACCAAAGAGAUAAGAUGGUAUUUUUUUCUACUUUUUAUUCAAACUCCUCAGUAACAUGAUGAUAAAAAAUAGCACUAUUUAUACACAAUGGUCUGCAAUAAUAAUUAGAUGAAAAAUACAGUUUCUGCAAUGUUAGAAUACAGCGGUAUACAAUGGAAAUUUCUGCGCUGCGGAAACUUAGAUUCUCCACGUUUCCAAAUUGUUUCCGAGACGAGAACCUGUUGAAAUCUGCAGUUUACGCAAGUUUCAGCUUUGAGAAACUAUUGUAUACAGAUAGUAUAUGAUAAGUUUCUGCAACGUUUUGAUGGGUUUUUCUGCAAUGUUUCAAUCAAGACUCGUUUGCAUAAUAUACCAAACCGCAGUGUGGGGCUGAAAUUUUAAAAAUUAAUACCUGUGUUUUUAAUUAUUCGUGUAAUCUUUGUUGACAUGAUUAGUAAAUAUUAAUCAAAAU